AUGAUAGCUCAAGGCUUCCUGGGGCUCAUGCGGCCCUUGCGAAGUGGACUGAAUGUGAGCAAAAUUCACUUUAUUUAUCUCAGUGGGGUGACUGAGCAGCAUCACAACCCAGCAAAGUGGUGGUCAAAAAGAGGCUUCAGCUCCACGCACAGGCUCCAGGAUGCCCCCGGGGAGUCGAGCUCCACAGGUCAGGUGACAGUGCAUUUUAUAAAUCGGGACGGAGAGCGACUUACAACCACAGCCAAAGAAGGGGAGAGUUUGCUAGAAGUGGCAGUCAAUCAAAACUUGGCCAUUGAUGGAUUUGGUGCAUGUGAAGGAACAUUAGCCUGCUCUACCUGUCACCUCAUCUUUGACAAGGACACCUUCCAAAAGCUUGAUGCUGUCUCAGAUGAAGAGCUGGACAUGCUAGACUUGGCGUAUGGACUCACUGAGACAUCACGCCUUGGCUGCCAGGUAUACGUCAAGAAGUCAAUGGAUGGUCUGACAGUGCGGGUCCCCAUGGAUGUGUCAGACGUCAGGAGACAGAUGGAGAUUGGAAAGCAAAGCAAACAGUAACUGGAAAUGACUCCUGCACAGCUCACAUCCUCAUUUAGGUGUGGCAGGGUACUUUGCUUUUGGUUGACAAAAUUGCUUUUUGUGGCUGGUUUGCAGUAGGCCACAGAGGUCUGAUUCAGUAUAAAAUGCCUGUUUGGCAAAUACCUUAUUUAAACAAGUUUUAAUGCUUAAUAGGGUCUUUGGUACAUGUUUUAAGUGCUGAAAUGCUCUGCUGUAUGCAACUGGACUAAAGUGCAUGGCUUUAUAUUCCCCUGAGUGGGUGUCAGUAAACAUCUGUACUGUAUGUAACUCACCCUGUCCUUGGAAAUUUAAGAAUUCUGCUAUUAUGAGUAACUGCUCAGAGUUUUCCAAGGCUUGUCUCUUUAAAAGUGGAGCAGAUUUUUCCCAAUAGGGGAAGCUUAAGAGGAGCUAGCUGUUCACAGGUCAGUGUACUGAUGGGCUUGAUGAUGAAGGUGGCUUGAGUUUGGUCAGCAAGAGCAUAGUGAUAACACUCGCAUGCUGACUUCCUGAAAGCGGGAACCAAUUCUAUGAACUUGAGAUGUUACAGGACCUUGAAUCGUUCUAUUCCAGGA